AGCUUCGCGCCGGAGCUGAAGGCGGAGCUUCGGGCCGGCGUCGCCUUCCUCAGCUCGGCGGGGAGAGCGAGGGCUGCUCCGAAAGUAAUGCCUCCUACGUUACGGCGUCGGCCCGCCGUCGGGAUGUCGGCGGUGGGACCGCAGCAGGGGCUGAGCCCGCCCGUAUCCCGCUACGCGCUGCGGCCGGGGGACAGACGGGGCGGUCUGAUGUGGAAUGCGGAUGGAACGAAGGGCCGGGACUGAAUUCCUCCGCGUGGGAACAGUGGCACACAGCGACAUUCGACGACGCUCGCUGAACGCCGACGGACACCGAACGGCGCGGGAUCUCAGGGCGGACCCGCGGCGCUUCGCCCGCAGCGCCGCCCCGCCCCCUCUGGGUCGCACUGCGCAGGCGCGUUGCCCCGGCCGCGCCCGCUGACCCGGAAGCAGCCGGCGGCAAGAUGGCGGCGUAGCGCCCGCGUGCCGUUCGGGCCCCGCCAUGGCGGACCUGGGCCGGCAGCUGCACGAGUACCUCGCCCAGUCCAAGGCCGCCCCCGCCCCGCCGCCCGCAGGCGGCCCGCAAGAGGAGCCGGAGGGGAACGGCGCAGGAGCGUGGCCGAGCGCCUUCCCUGGCUGGCGCUGGCCGUGGGCGGCCGAGGCGGACCCGUGGCUGCCGGGGCUGUCGCCGUGGCAGCGGCUGGCGGGCGCCGCGCUGUGCCUUCUGCUGGCCGCCUUCUGCUUCGGGCUGGCCGCGCUGUACGCGCCGCUGCUUCUGCUCCGCGCCCGCAAGUUCGCGCUGCUCUGGUCGCUGGGCUCGCUGUGCGCGCUGCUCGCCGCCGCGCUGCUGCGCGGUCCGUCCCGCCUGCUGCGGGAGCCGAGCCGCGGCUCGCUGCUGUACGCGGCGGCGCUGGGCGGCACGCUGUACGCCGCGCUGGGGCUGCGCAGCACCGCGCUGACCGCGCUGGGCGCCGCCGCGCAGCUGGGCGCCGCCGCCUCCGCGUUGCUGGGUGCGCUGCCCGGAGGGGCCGCCGGCGCCCGGCGUGUCGGAGGGCUCCUGGUGACCGCGCUGCGCCGCGGGGCCGCGCUGCCCGUGUGAUGUACGGGAGGAGCGUCCCGUCGGGCUUCCUCGCGAGAAGGCGGCGCGGAACGGCGGCGAUUCCGAACUCGAGCGCGGGACCGCGCCCGGCCCGCCGCGUCUGGAGCCGAGGAAGAGCGACUGCCGGCGGAGGGCCGCGGGACCGCCCGGCGCUGGAGCGGGGACGGCGGCGGUGCGGGGCGAAGAGCGCCGAGCGGCCUGGCUCCCCGUGCCCGGUGCCGCCUCGGUGCCGGGAGCCUUAGCGAGCGCCGUGCGCUCUUCCUGCACAGAAACCACUUGUAAUUGGCAUCCAGAGCCGCGGAACGGCACGGCGUGCCCCUCGGCAAGCUCUGCUGGGGAGCGGGCUGCUCGGCUCUGCCUUGGGGCUGACCGCCCUCCAGCGCCUCGGACGGAGCCGGCCCAGCUCUCAGAUUUGCCUCAAAUCACUGCUUAGGGAUACAGCGGGAAUUGUCAAACGGGGGUGCUUACAUGUACGUAGACAGCUUUAAUAAUAAAAUGACUAUUUGUGUACCAAACGUCAGCGUAGAUCUUCAACCACCGGUCACUUCUUUCCUUGAGCUGUAGACUGAGAUAACGCUAAGUAGGUCUGUCCUUUUGAUAACUGCUGAGCUACGGUGUGUAAUUUGUAGCAGUGGAAUUGGAAGAGAUGGCAGGGAGAGGCUGUGAGCAGGCACAGCACAGCCAGGCUGCGUGCGGUGGUCAGAGCUGUGCCUGCACCCUGCUUUCAGCAGUAGGGCUGUGGUUGCACCCAUUGGGUUCCCUCUGUGUCUCCUGCUGUCUGUGGCUGUGGGAUUCUGUCUGAAAGUUAGCUCAUUGCCCUGUUUCUGUAUGACUUUCAUGUUCCACAGCAGUGGAAUGUUUCAAAUCUUAGUUUGAAAAGCUGCCAUUGUGAAUGUUAGCAAGUACAAUAGUGGGGCUAACCAAGCAGCAGGGGAAAAAGAAGCAUUUUCCCUCGUGUCCAGGUGCAGAAUGCUGGGUUCCCUGCUGUUAAGUGUGCUCCAGUUUGCUUUGGUAGAGGACUGUUGGGUAUUAAGGGCCAAGACCUCUAAAUCAGAUACUUGAAAUACUAAAAAGAAGUUGCUUUCAGUCCCAUUAAAAAAUAAAAAUUAAAAAAAAAAAUACCCAGGGCUUGUAUUAUUAAAAAAAAAAAAAAAAAAAAAAA